GCCAAAAAAAGGAGAGAAAUCGAAGAGCAAUGGAAAACGAUGCAUUGGCAACUGAAGCUCCUUAUGCACCAGUCACUUAUGGAAGGAGAGUGAGAAACGACUUGGAAGAUACACUUCCCAAACCUUAUAUGGCCAGAGCUUUGGCGGCACCGGAUGUCGAUCACCCUAAUGGAACGACGAGCCACAACCAUAAUGGCAUGACUGUUCUUCAACAGCACGUCGCUUUUUUCGACCAGGACCACAACGGGAUCGUCUAUCCUUGGGAGACUUACGCCGGUUUUCGGGCUAUCGGAUUUAAUCCCAUCUCCUCUCUGACUAUAUCCGUUCUUAUUAAUGGAGCCAUGAGCUAUCCUACACUUCCGGGGUGGAUACCUUCACCGUUCUUGCCGAUAUACGUUCACAACAUACAUAAAGCCAAGCACGGUAGCGACUCGGGCGUUUACGACACCGAAGGGAGGUACAUUCCUGUGAACCUUGAAAACAUGUUCAGCAAAUACGCUCGAACAGUACCGGACAAAUUCACACUGAGAGAACUAUCAAUGACGGAGGGGAAUCGAAUCACAUACGACUUCUUCGGAUGGAUUACGACCAAGUUGGAGUGGGCUAUUCUAUAUGUCCUAGCACGGGACGAGGAAGGCAUGCUGUCGAAAGAAGCGGUACGACGAUGUUUCGACGGUAGCUUGUUCGAGUAUUGCGCAAAGAUGAAGGAGGGUGGGCAUGGGAAAAUGGGUUGAGUUCAAUGUAUAAG